UAGGUUUAAGCUACAGCAGCGCCAUUUUGACAGUCGCAUUCCCCAUACUUGUUAAAAAUACAACUAAUAGCUAGGCUGUAUGAGCUUAGAGCCCUUUGUUUUCAAGAAAAUUACUACUACUUCCGUCUGUCAGUGUCAUUUCAAUAUACUUUGUCAAAAUGGCGUUUAAUUUUCCUGCCUUUUCAUACAUUAUUGCUCUUAUUGUGGACGCCUUUCUCAUAUUCUUCUCUAUAUUUCACGUUAUAGCAUUUGAUGAAUUAAAAACAGACUAUAAAAAUCCCAUAGACCAAUGUAAUAGUCUUAAUCCGCUGGUCCUGCCGGAGUAUUUAUUGCAUCUCUUCAUUAACCUACUGUUUCUUUUAUCGGGAGAAUGGAUAUCUUUAUUAAUAAACAUUCCGUUGAUACUCUAUCAUUUACACAGAUACUAUACAAGGCCGGUGAUGUCAGGUCCUGGUCUGUAUGACCCAACAAGUAUUAUGAAUGCAGAUGUGUUGACCGUUUGUCAACGAGAAGGCUGGAUUAAACUUGCAUUUUACCUGUUAUCAUUCUUUUUAUAUCUAUAUGGAAUGAUUGUAGUGUUGAUUGCUGCAUGAGAGCAAUGAAGUUGAUACUCCAUUUAAAUCGUAAUUUAUUGUUAGUGUCCCUGUGAUUCUAGUGUCAAGCGAACAAGUGGAUUGUGAAUUUUAGGAUUGUGUGAUUGAACAGUAUUUUGGUAAUAAAAUUUCAUAUUUAUUCAACAAAACUGCUUAUUUCCUUCAAUAAAACAUUUUACUUCUUAUUAAAUAUUCUGGUAUAUUGAAACUUAUUUAGUUUAAUAAUUACUUCAAAAAUAUGUAAUUUUUCACUGACAA